AUGGUUUCUGCCUUGCUGAUGAGGGCCUCUCCUCUCUCCGCUGCUCAGAGGGAGCGUUUUUCGCUCUGCUUUGCGGCAUCUCGGGCGGCGGUUGGCUUGUCGGCGACAAUUUGGGCUGCUUUCCUUGGGGCGCUGAUCCAGAAAGAGGGACUGGGGUGGCUGUGGACAAUGGUUUUGCUUUGCUCUGUGGGUAUCCUUCUCAUUGCAAAGCCAGGGAGCAUGAACGAGGCGCUUGGAGGCGGCACAACCCCCGCGGAGAAUUCGGGGAGCGAAGUUGCGAUUAUUGACGACCUGACCAAGGGCGGCGCGUUUAUUAUUCUCGUGGUUGGCGCUUUUCUGCAUGGCGUUUCGUUUGUGCUGGGAAGGCACGUAGCCAAACGGGGCCCUCCAAUUCUUUCGAUUUUGCUGAUGAUGUUUUUCGGUCUUGUCUCUUUUUUGCCUCUCGUGCUCAUCAUAUCCCCUUUCCAGAUGUGCUUUUUCGAGCACCUCCAGCCAGUUCAGUGGAUUCUGCUGACCUUGCUGCCUAUUUUGGGACUGGGGGCUCAGCUUUGUCUCAUUACAGCGCUGGAGUCAGAGUCCGCCGCGACCAUUGCUAUAGUCCAGAACCUGGAUGCUGUUUUCAGUUACACCUUCCAACUGGUAAUCGGUGAAGGUUUCAAUGUGGCCUCUCUGUGCGGGGCCAGUCUGAUUGUCUUUUCUGCGAUUAUUCUUGCCUCAUUCAAAAUCCGCAAGUCGCUAAGGGACGGGAAACGCAUUGCUACUAGUGCCGCUGAGGAGCUGGUCGGUACACCCGUAGUGUUGCAGCAAGAUGGAGCACCACCUGCCGCUGGUCCUUUCUCAGCAGGUAAAGCAGUAGCACACGAAGACGAGACGAAGAGUUCCAUUGGGGCCAUGCAAACGGCUGAAGACUUACAACAGCAUCUUUCUGUAGCAGGGAAGGAGUUCGAGGGAGCUUGCAUCAUAUCUCCUUGCAACAGCACAAGCAGCAGCAGUCGGGAGUUUGUCGGCGGUAGCAGUGGCAAGGGACCGCUUGCUGUUACCAACGAAACGGCGAACAUAGCUUAG